AUGGAGGCUCUUGGACCUCAGCUGGCCUCCCGACCGACACCUCCUCACCAAGCCGAAGAGGUAUUUCGGUACCUCUUCGCUCUUGAUGAUCUCUCCAACGACGAAUUCUUAAUAUGUCGUCGUCGGGACUAUCCUUCCUCCAUCAGACUACCUACCUCUGUGUGGGGCGCGGAGGAGGAUGUCGAGCUUCGUCAGACUUGGGGGUCGUUUGUGCUCGCUCGCGACCUCCCUCUCGGCUGCGAUGGGAAACGGUCGGGUAGUCGUCCUUCAAGAAAAGCGGAUGCAGUUGCCGCUGCUACGGCCGAGAAAAAAUCGGUCGUGGCCAAGAAGGACAAAACUGCUGGUCGGGCCGUGCUGAUCAAACGGCCUCGCCCAGAGGCCGAGCCGGCUGUCGAGUCUCCCCCGCCUGCCAAGUGGGUAAAGAAACUGGCGAAGAAAGGUGCACGAGAGAUCCACGUCAUAUCCAGUCAUACUACAGGGACGACGACUCCCAGUGCUUCCCGUUCUCCCGCCGCCGGCCAUUCCUUGGUGGAGAAACCGCCAGCUUCGGUCGCAGAGAUAGUUCAAGCGCGGCCUGUCUCUGGGGCCGACACACCAGUCGUGCCUCCCUCCGUCGAUGAGGCAUCUGUCCCACAGAAGGCGGUUUCUGCGUCCCACAGAAGACAUCGUCCUCAUACUCGCCAACAACCUCCUCCAGUGUCCGAGAUGGCGGUUCAAGCCGGCCCCUCUACGGCCGAUCGUGGCAAGCGUCCGGUCGAGGAACCAACGGCGGUGUCCGAACCCCUUGCUCCUUCUCAGGACCAGGGUGUUCCUUCCUCAGAAGCAGCUGUCCCGGUCGGCCCCUCCACAACCGACCGUGGCAAACGACCAGUCGAGGAACCCGAGGCAACGGCGGAAUCGCCCGUCCAUCCUCAAGACCAGGGCUUCCACAUUCCUCCGCAGGAGGCUACUUCGGCCUUCGCUUCAUGGGAGGUCGAAUUCAAAGCCUUCCUCUCUAGCACAACUGCCGAGUCCGGCCCUUCGGCUGCUCCGACUGAGGUUGCCGAUCCAACCGCUCUAACCCAGCUGCGAGAAGUUCGGGAGACAUUUAGUGUCUUCCAGACCGCUCUAAAGGUCGAACAGGACCUGCAAGCUGCCACGGCCGUUCGAGACACUCUCCAUCCGAAAAUCGACCCUCUAAGGGCAAAAGGAGAAGUAUUAGCCGAGCUCGACCGUCAGAUGGCCGAACUAGCAAAACGUCGGUCGCCUAUCGCGUCCGAGCUUGCUAGAGACUUCGAGUCGGGCGGAAAGGAUCGCCUAACUGAGUACGCGACGACAACAAAGCGGGUCGAGCGGUUGAAGCUGGACAAGAAAAAUCGGCAAGCUGAAGUUAUCAUGGCCGAGGUGCGGUGGUUGGAAUUGAAGGCCCUUCUCAGCACCCUUUUACCUUUUUCCCCUUGA